AUGCUCAUUGAAACAAAUGAAACGCUUAUUUCGGCAAAAUCAAUUAGUGAUGACAAUAGACAUCAUCUAACUUGUCAAAAAAAUUUAAAUUUUACACUCAAUAGCUCUAAUCUAAAUAUAACCUGCGACAUCAACAACCCAACUAACAAGCACAUAAUAAUUCCAGCAACAAAAACAACUUCUAAAGAUCAAAAUAACACAAGGACCACAAAUAUUUGUGAUGGAUUUGACAUAUCAGCUGGUCGAACGUGGAUCUACCCAUCCAAUCAACCGAUUCGAAAUUAUCAGUACAACAUUUCUCAGAAAGCCCUUUAUAACAAUACACUAGUCUGUCUACCUACCGGAUUAGGUAAAACAUUUGUGGCGGCUGUAGUGAUGUACAAUUUUUACAGAUGGUACCCCGAAGGGAAAGUUAUUUUCAUGGCUCCGACUAAACCACUUGUUGCUCAGCAAAUUGAAGCCUGCCACAACAUCAUGGGGAUUCCCAUGGAGACCACUGCCGAGAUGACUGGUGCCAUGCCGCCAGAAGUGCGAAAGAAAUCAUGGAUAUCAAAGAGAUCUUUCUACCUAACUCCUCAAGUGAUGAUGAAUGACCUUCAACGAGGCGUCUGCCCCGCCCUCAAGGUCAAAUGUCUUGUCAUUGACGAGGCUCAUAAAGCUCUUGGCAACCAUGCCUACUGUCAGGUGGUCAGAGAGUUAUCCAGGUAUGAGGGUGAAUUUCGAAUUUUGGCCCUUAGUGCUACUCCUGGGAGUGAUAUCAAAGCCGUUCAGCAAGUUCUUAACAACCUGCUUAUAUCACACAUCGAGCUGAGAACCGAGGAAAGCUUAGACAUCCAACCAUACACACAUCAUAGAAAAAUCGAAAAGAUCGUCAUUGCGAUGGGUGAUGAGAUCAACAUCAUCAGAGACCUAUACCUUAAGAUAAUCAACGUCUUCAUCCAAAGACUCCGGAAGUUUGGCGCCAUUUACAACAAAGAUAUAAGACAUCUUUCGAAAUUUAUGAUCCUGAAGGCUCGGGAGAUGUAUCGAAAGAACACCCCAUCUAAUUUGACGAAAUCUCAGAGAGGCCUCAUAGAAUGUGACUAUGCAAUCUGCAUGAGUCUGUACCAUGGCUAUGAGCUUAUGUAUCAGCACGGUCUAAGGACACUACACGCAUACAUCAAGACAUUUAUUACUGAUAAUAGUAUUGAUGAGCGUCAAUACGCCAAUCCGAAUCUUACCCAACAAACACAACAACAACAAAAACAACAAAUAACAUCAUCAUCAUCAUCAACAACAACAACAACAACAACGUCAUCAUCGCAAAAAAUUGUCCCGCCGCUGAAAUAUGGCCAUCCAAAGUUGAAAAAACUCGAAGAAAUCAUCAUAGGACAUUUUACUAAAUUUCAAAAUGACGGCCAGGAGACACGCGCCAUGAUAUUUUCAUCAUACAGGGACAGUGUCAACGAAAUAACCCAGCUGCUAAAUAAACUCCGCCCACUCGUCAAACCCAUGAGCCUGAUUGGUCACUCGAGUUCCGUGGGCGGAGCUAAAGGUUUUAAUCAGAAAGACCAACUUAAGGUGAUGAAGAGGUUCCGUGAAGGGGGUUACAACACACUGGUGGCCACGUGUAUCGGCGAGGAGGGACUGGACAUUGGGGAGGUCGAUCUUAUUGUUUGCUUUGAUGCCCACAAAAGUCCUAUCAGAUUAGUUCAGCGCAUGGGUAGAACGGGAAGAAAGAGAGAAGGGAGAGUGGUUAUGUUGGUAACAGAAGGCAAAGAGGAACAAGUAUAUAACACUAGCCAAUCCCACAAAAACAACAUCGUAAGACUGAUACAACAGCAACAAAGUAAUGGCAACAACAAUCGCAACAACAACAACAACAACAAACUUCAACUGUACAACAACAAUCCCCUCAUGGUACCCCAGUACCUUAAUCCAACUUGCGAAAAAAUACACAUACAAGUACUAUUAUACAACAACAACAACAGUAAUAAUAAUAACGUUGGUCAGAAGAUCAAAAAUGGCAAAAGAUCGUCGUCGUCGAAGUUUAAAAAUAAACCGGAACAGGAAAUAGUGACGGAUGAGUUCUUUGAUUUGUUUAAAAGGGAAUUUUAUGACGAAAAUAGCGGGAAUUGUCUGUACUCUUUGCCGCCAAUAUCGUCUGGGAUGGAAUUUUUGAAAUUUGGCGCUGUUGACGAUCACGUGAGUCUUUUUGUUUGUUCUUUGUUUAUAUAA